AUGGCGUACGCAUACUACCUCUACGACACCCCAGGUCCCGGAAAGACCCCAUUGGGUCUCACCUCCGUUCCAAUAUUGCACACUCCUCCACACACAGAAGCCCCGGACCGCGUCUACCGCGAACGCCUUCUCCCUCUCCUUCUCGCUCUCCGUGACAUUCAUCCCAACCACAUUCCUAUCUUGCUGCUCCUCGCCUGCACUUACUUUGCUCUCGGCGAUCUCCACACCAGCCUUGCCAUCAGCCAGCAAAUUUUGACAAUAAAUGCCAACUACGUCGAGGCCAUGAGCAACAUCGGCACCACCAUGAAGGCACUUGGCCAGACCGACAAGGCUUACGAGUGGUGGUGGAAAGCAUUGCAGAUACGUCCCACAUAUUGGGAUGCACUCGACAACAUCCUUGGCAUGACCUUCACACUCGCCCAUGCCACCGCAGAUAAUGGCCGACGGCUUUCGUACUACCGUCAGGCCCUCGGGGUAUGCCAAUACGUACGACAACACGUCGUAGACCUCAACGGUCGACUCGUCGUUGCCAUGCAGCCGAAUGAGAUCCCCCGCCUCCAGCGUGCCAUCUUCACAAGCGGUACAAUCUACACCACCCUCGGCCCCACUAACUUGGACCGUGCGAUCCUCGACUACGCCCGCGCUAUUGAGGUGGUGCUACGACCGCCCAUGCCCGUACUCGAAGCCGAGCAGUACACGCUCCGCGACCUGCUCCUCGCUGUAUGCGCGGCGGGCCACAUCAUGUGCUCCGACUCGAGCUCGUCUGGGCCCCCUGAUUUCUCUGGGGUGUUCGAGAGCGACUUCAGCGCACGCCUCGGCGACCCCACAUUUGACUUCAUGUACGUCGUGCGCGCGUCGGGGGAGCAGCUCUUACACGCACUAUUACGUGCGGGUGGGGGCGUGCUCCCCACCCCACUGCUCCUGCCCGAGCAGGUGUCGCGCCUGCCUGGCCUUCUGUUCCCCCGCUCCAACGGCAUCCUGCCGUCGAUCUGCACCCGCAGCUCCAACGGCGAGCUGCGGCCGCCCCCGGAGGAGAUCCGCCAGCAGACGAACUCGCUCGGGAGCACGAUCCUGCUGACGCUCGCCAAGCGGUUCCAGGAUAACGUCCACGGGGGCAUGGCCGUCCCCGAGACCGGCGGCGCGCUGCAAGUGAGCACGUCCGUCGUGGUCCUGCUGUACUACCUCGCGCUGGCGUGGUCGCCCGCCCCGUCGACGUUCAACAACCUGGGCAUCGUGCUGUCCCGCAUACCGGAUGGGCGAACGGGCGCCGACGGCAAGGUGCUGGACGGCACUGCGCUCGCGCGCAUAUACUACACCGCCGGCCUGCAGAUGGACCCGAAGCACCCGCACCUGCUCACGAACCUCGGUUCGCUGCUCAAGGACCAAGGGCAGACCGAGCAGGCGAUCAAGCUGUACAUGAAAGCCGUCGAGCAGAAGCCCGACUUCGACAUCGCGCUCGCGAACCUCGGCAACGCGAUCAAGGACGUCGGCCGCCCGUGGGACGCGAUCGCGUACUACCGGCGCGCCGCGCGCGCCGACCCGACGCUCCCCGAGGCCGUCUGCGGCCUCGUGAACUCGCUCUCGUCGAUCUGCGACUGGCACGGGCGCGGCGCGGUCGCGGGCGAGGUGGGCGUCGACGACGGCGGGUUCGUGAUCCCCCCGGGGCCGCACCCGCAGACGGGCUGGAUCACGAACAUGACCGCGGUCACGGACGCGCAGAUCGCGCAGGGGUAUGCCCCAGGGGUGGGCGCGCCCGCGCUGGCGGCGGCGAUGGAGGAGUGUCUGCGCGCGUUGGCGGUGGCGCAGGGGCGCGCGGUGACCCCUGGGGAGCUGGCGACGUGGCAGGCACGGUUUGAAAGGCUGGCGAGGAGGGGCGAGGGGACGGAGGGUGGGGAGAGGGGGGAGCGGGUGAAUGAGACGGGGUUCUUGAUCCGCUUUAUUGACUGGGUGCAGCCGAGGCUGCAGCGCAGGUGGUAUCUGAGAGCGUAUGGGAAGACGCUGGCGGUGGACAAGGCGGUGGCGACGUCCGAGGACAACUACCAUGGGUUUUACCUGCGGCCGACGCUUCCGAAGACGCUGCAGCCGCCGCCGGUGCCGUCUGUGCUGCCGUUCCAUACGUUCACGUAUCCGCUGACACCACGGGUGAACCGUCUCAUCCCGCACCGGAGCGCGUUGCGAUUAUCGUACACCGCGCUCGCGCAGCCGUGGCUGCCAAAGCACGUCUACCGCCCGCCACGACCGCCGAUACGCGGCAAGCUUAAUAUCGGAUAUAUCUCGAACGACGUGAACAACCACCCGCUGUCGCACCUGAUGCAGUCCGUGUUCGGGAUGCACGACCGCUCGCGGUUCAACGUGUUCCUGUACACGACGAGCCCGUGGGACGGGACCGCGUACCGGCCGCGGAUCGCGAGCAUGGUCGAGCAUUGCGUGGACGUGUCGUCGUGGUCGUUGAACACGAUCAUCGACCACAUUAUGCAGCAGGAGAUCCACAUUCUGAUUAACUUGGGUGGGUAUACGAAGGGCGCGCGGAAUGAUAUUUUCGCGGCGAGGCCAUGUCCUAUCCAGAUGCAGUUGAUAGGUUAUGCUGGGACGCUGGGCGCAGCUUGGUGUGAUUACCUUGUGUGCGACCCCAUAGCGUGUCCACAAGAUACAUCGGCCACGGAGCGAUGGCGGCAGCGGCAGGCAGCCCGGAUAGCAAACCCUGAAGCCGACGCGGACGUGCCUCUCGAUAUGGACGCUGACCUUGAUCCCGAGAGCGACUCUGACGAGUGGCAAUAUAUGGAGAAGUUCAUGUACAUGCCUCAUACGUUUAUGGUCACCGACCACAAGCAGUCGUACCGCGGAGACGAGAACCUCAGCCCGGAAGAGCGCGUCAAGGUCCCUGAUGAGACGUUAUGGCUCGACGAGGAACGUCGGCGCACAGACGCGCGCAGGCAGGUCUUCCCGGACCUGCCACAAGACGUGAUCAUCUUCGCGAACUUCAACCAGCUCUACAAGAUCGAUCCUGGCAUAUUUCUGGUCUGGCUGCGCAUCCUGCGCCAGGUCCCGCGGAGCGUGCUCUGGCUCCUGCGCUUUCCGGGCGCGGGCGAGGAGCAGCUCCGCCGGACCGCGAAGAUGUGGGCCGGGGAGGAGGUCGCGGCGCGGAUCCGGUUCACCGAUGUCGCCAAGAAGGACUGGCACGUCUUCCGCGCGCGCGUUGCGGACCUGUUCCUGGACACCGCCGAGUGCAACGCGCAUACAAUAGCUGCAGACGUGCUCUGGACAGGCACCCCAAUCCUCACCUGGCCAAAGCACCGGCACAAGAUGUGCUCGCGCGUCGCGGCGAGCAUGGUGAACGCGACCGGCUUCGGCGCGCAGAUGACCGUGCACAGCGCGGAGGAGUACGAGCGGCGCGCCGUCGCGCUCGCGCAGAGCGUGCGCUACGUGCCCUUCCACGAGCCGUCCGGGGCGGUCCUCCCGCGCGGGGAGGGCGAGCUCGUCGAGCUCCGGCGCAGCCUCUUCCUCGCGCGCGACCGCAUGCCGCUCUUCGACACCGUGCGCUGGACGCGGAACCUCGAGAAGGGCCUGCAGGAGGCAUGGCGCCGCUGGGUCGAGGGCACGCAGUACGAGCUGUCAGACGAGUGGGCGGCGUGUGCGGAGGACGCGCCUGAGCGGACAAGCGGCUGCAUCUGGAUCCGCGACGAUGCCCCGGUGGACAUCGUGCCCACCGAAUGACGAACGAUCACCACACAUAUUGCACGCCGGCCGGCCUUGAGCUUGGCUUGCGGGCAUGUCCCCUCAUACAUAUGGUAUCUUCUGGCUCUGCCUCGCACAUAGGGAGCCUGCUAAUCACACGCACGCGUUGUCUCUCCGCCUAUAGCAUAUAUACAUCUGCGCACGCACACACCAUCCACACAUACACUGUAUAGAUAGCACACUCGAUCAAUCGCACCGUCGGUUUUGCUGUUGUUGCUGGGUGGUGGUAUGACUGGUUUUACACCGACUGGUAUGCGCCCGGGUUUGGCGCGGCGGCCGGCUGCGCGGGCUGGGUAGGCGGGACGCUGAGCGGCUUGGGCGCGCUGACGGGGCUGUCGACGUUCUGGUAGCCUUCCCUGCCGCCGGAGGUGAAGCCGCCGGGCAUAGACCAUACUGUCGCGCCGGAGAGGUCGUUGCCGCGGAUUCCAAGACCUCCGAACUGUGCGCCGCGCUGCUGGAGGGCGGUCACGAACGAGAACGUGGUGGGAACCUUCAGGACGAGCAGGAUGAUGGUAACAGUCCGGAUGAACCAGUUCUGAGAGUGGUUGACCAUCCAGAUGAUGUCGUAGAACAUGGACCCGGCCAAAAGGAACGUGAACGCUUUCAAGGACUGGAUGGCCUCCGACGACUCCUGCGCGUACGUUCCAAAGAGGAAGAUGGGGAGGUUGUAGGCCGGCGCGGAGAACGCGCUGGUCACGAAAGCCAGGACAGUGCCGACGAGCACAAGUUUCGAGGGGUCCAGGGCCUGAACAAAGUCUGCCAUUGUUGAGAACGAGUGUGGACUUUGGGAGGGUACGAGGAGGAGCGGAGGUAG